UGAUUCUGAUUAGGAAACUUCUGGCUUUCCACUUUGGUACUUAUUUGAAGGGAAACACUCUUUUAGAUUGUAACAACAACAAAACAAUAUGGUUUUACUGGAGAUUUGCUUUGCUUUCAUUGUGAGCAACCAUUUUUCAUUUGUGUCUUCUCUGAAUGAAGAAGGAUUGGCUCUACUUUCCUUCAAAAACUCGACUUUCGACGCUCAAGGCUUUCUCCGAAACUGGAACUCUUCUGAUGCGACACCGUGUUCGUGGAAUGGAAUCACUUGCACAGAACAAAGAGUUGUCUCUCUCGGUAUUGCAGACAAGAAACUCUCUGGUACUCUCCACCCUGCACUUGGGAAACUUGCGUCACUCCGCCAUUUAAGCCUCCGAAACAAUGAGCUUUUUGGAAGCUUCCCGGCUGAGCUCUGCAACCUGGUAGAGUUACAAAGCUUAGACCUCUCUCAAAAUGUCUUCAAUGGUUCCAUUCCAGAUGGGUUUGGUUCCCACUUGACAUCUCUUCAGAAUCUCAAUCUUUCCUUCAAUGUGAUCCACGGUUCGAUCCCUCAGAACUUUGGCAACCUGUCCAACUUGAAAGGUACUCUCGACUUGUCUCACAAUGUCUUUACCGGUCCAAUCCCGCCGAGCCUAGGCAGCCUCCCUGCGACCCUUUAUAUUGAUCUCAGUUACAAUAAUCUCACUGGCUCAAUACCACCACAAGAAGCUUUCCAGAACCUUGGACCAACGGCUUAUGUAGGCAAUACCUUUCUAUGUGGACUUCCCCUCAACGUUUCAUGUCCAUCCGUAGUGCCAAUGUCGAACCCCGACUCCAAGUCUUGGUUCCAUUGCCCAUCACACGGGAAAGGUGGAAAAUCUUGCUCCAUAUUCGCACUUUCUGCAAGUAUCAUAGUUGGUUUCUGCCUGGUUAUCCUGCUAGUUUUGUGGUGCAAGAGAACUAAUCCUCCUAAAGGGGGUGUAAAUCCAGAUGGCUGUAACUUCAGAGAGGCAUUGAUGUUUAAAACAGAGUUUUCUUGCUUUGCAAAAUAUGAAGUCGAGCCCCUACCAGCAAACAUGGAGAAGUACAACUUUGUGCUAUUGGACCGGCAUGUCGACUUUGAUAUCGAGCAACUCCUGAAAGCCUCAGCUUAUCUUCUAGGCAAGAAUGGGAAUGGGAUUGUGUAUAAAGUGGUUCUUGAGAAAGGGCUAAGUCUGGCUGUAAGAAGAUUGGAAGAUGGAGCUUAUGAAAGGUUUAAAGAGUUCCAAACUGAAGUUGAAGCAAUUGGGAAAGUCAGACAUCCAAAUAUUGUUGGCCUUUUAGCUUACUGCUGGUCUGUUCAAGAGAAGCUGCUCAUACAUGAGUACAUACCACAGGGAGACCUGGCCACUGCAAUUCAUGGAAAAGCAGAAAUUUCGUACUUCAGACCACUUUCUUGGCCCGAUCGUGUGAAAAUCAUGAGAGGAAUAGCAAAAGGAUUGGCACACCUUCACGAAUUCAGUCCAAGAAAAUACGUCCAUGGCGAUUUGAAGCCCACCAACAUUCUGCUCGGAAACAACAUGGAACCUUACAUCUCGGAUUUCGGACUCGGACGACUUGCUAAUGCCGCCGGAGAUUCCACCGGCUCCCCGUCGGAGCAAACCGCGGCCGCCACGCCGCGGCAGCAAAACUCUCCGUUCCGAUCAAACUCCAUGUGCUCCUCUGUGUCGAUAGGGUCCUAUUAUCAAGCUCCCGAAGCUUUGAAGACCGCAAAACCGUCGCAGAAGUGGGAUGUUUACUCAUUCGGUGUGAUUUUACUCGAAAUUAUCUCUGGAAAGUUGCCGGUGAUUCAAGCUGGGUCGUCUGAAAUGGAGCUGAUUCAAUGGAUUCAACUUGGUAUUGACGAAGGAAAACCCAGAUUGGAUAUCUUAGAUCCGUCAUUGGGUGAGCAUGUGGACAAGGAAGAAGCCGCAGCCGCCAUUACAAUAGCUGUUACUUGCACCCGCAAGAGCCCUGAGAAGAGACCCUGUAUGAGAACUGUCUCUGAAUGUCUGGAAAAAUUGGCAACUUAACGAAAUUGAAAGUUCAAU